AACUACCCAUGAGUUCUUGUUUGGUGCCCUUGCUGAACUUGUAGAUAAUGCCAGAGAUGCAGAUGCCACGAGAAUAGACAUUUAUACUGAGCAACGAGAGGACCUGCGAGGUGGAUUCAUGCUAUGUUUUUUGGAUGAUGGAACAGGAAUGGAUUCAAAUGAAGCUGCCAGUGUUAUCCAGUUUGGUAAAUCAGCCAAGCGAUCACCUGAGUCAACUCAAAUCGGGCAAUAUGGAAACGGCUUGAAAUCGGGUUCCAUGCGGAUUGGGAAGGAUUUUAUCCUGUUCACAAAGAAAGAUAACACCAUGACUUGCCUCCUCUUAUCACGGACGUUCCAUGAGGAAGAAGGCAUCGACGAGGUCAUUGUUCCCCUACCCACCUGGAACGCACGGAGCCGUGAACCCCUGACGGACAACAUGGAGAAAUUUGCUAUUGAGACGGAGCUCAUCUACAAGUAUUCCCCUUUCAAAUCAGAAUGGGAAGUGAUGGACCAGUUCAAUAAGAUACGUGGUGAGAAAGGCACUCUGGUGAUCAUCUUUAACCUCAAACUAAUGGAUAACGGAGAGCCAGAGCUGGAUGUGACUUCUGACCCUCAAGAUAUUCAGAUGGCAGAAACACCCCCAGAGGGAACCAAGCCGGAGCGCCGCUCCUUUCGUGCCUAUGCUGCUGUGCUUUAUAUUGAUCCCAGGAUGAGGAUCUUCAUCAAUGGACACAAAGUACAAACCAAACGACUCUCAUGCUGCCUCUACAAGCCAAGGAUGUACAAAUACACUUCAAACCGUUUCAAGACCCGUGCAGAGCAAGAGGUGAAGAAAGCAGAGCACUUGGCCAGGAUAGCGGAAGAGAAGGCUCGCGAGGCAGAGAGCAAAGCCCGUGCCCUCGAGUUACGUCUCGGAGGGGAUCUCACGCGGGAGUCUAGGGCGACAUUGCGUCAGGUCCAGAACUCGGCCAUCACCAUGCGGCGGGAGGCUGACGUUAAGAAAAGGAUUAAGGAUGCAAAGCAGCGGGCACUGAAGGAGCCCAAGGAGCUGAAUUUUAUCUUUGGGGUGAACAUUGAGCAGCGCGAGCUGGACGGCAUGUUCAUUUAUAACUGCAGUCGGCUGAUCAAGAUGUAUGAGAAGGUGGGCCCACAGCUGGAGGGUGGCAUGGCAUGUGGAGGAGUGGUAGGCGUGGUGGAUGUGCCCUAUUUGGUUCUGGAGCCAACCCAUAAUAAACAAGACUUUGCUGAUGCCAAGGAGUAUCGACACUUGCUGAAGGCCAUGGGAGAGCAUUUGGCUCAGUAUUGGAAGGAUGUUGCAAUAGCCCAGAGAGGUAUCAUCAAGUUCUGGGAUGAAUUUGGUUAUUUAUCAGCAAACUGGAACCAGCCUCCGUCUAGUGAACUGCGUUACAAGCGCAGGAGAGCCAUGGAGAUCCCCACCACAAUUCAGUGCGAUGUCUGUCUGAAGUGGCGGACUCUCCCGUUCCAGCUGAGCUCAGUGGAGAGGAACUACCCUGACACCUGGGUGUGCUCCAUGAACCCUGAUCCUGAACAAGACAGAUGUGAGGCUGCAGAGCAGAAGCAGAAGGUACCACUGGGAAGUCUAAAAAAAGACUUGAAAUCAAAUGAGGAAAAGCAGAAACAACUGACAGAGAAAAUCCGCCAGCAGCAGAAAAAGCUGGAAGCUCUGCAGAAAACCACUCCAAUUCUAUCUCAGGCUGACUUAAAGAAACUACCUCUGGAAGUGACUACACGGCCUUCAAGGGAGCACACCCGAUCUCAGCGCCCACGAUCUCCUCCUUUGCCUGAUGUAAUCAAGAAUGCUCCCAGCAGGCCACCAGGAUCUUCACCUCCUCACAAGUCCUGCACUCAGUUGAGAAAAAGGUCUUCAGAUCGUCCAAAUAACAGCUCCCCCAAGCUAGCAAGCAUGCUCUUCAAGGAGGAGGCCAGCACUUCCAGGACACACCAUCACACUGUGACAGCUGGGAAGUCUAACAGCACUUUAAAAACUCUUGCCAAGCCAGGUACAAGCCUGAAGUCGCUCUCUGGCCAACAGAGUCCCAAAAGCUCACGUGAGACACCCAAUCCAAAAGCAGCCAAGGUGCCAGUAGUAAGGAAAUCUGCUUCUGGCAAAUGUUUACAGGCUUCCAGCACUCGAAAGAGGGCCUCGAACAUCCCAGAGGAUGGGUCUGAGGAGGAGGGUGAGCCCAAAAAGGAGAGGACAAAACGAGGAAAAUUUUUGGCAGUGAAAGAAGAGAAGGAUUCCAAUGAGGUGGUGGUGGAGCUCACAGACAGUGCUGGAGAGGAAGAGUUGUUGGAACUGAAGAAAGCACAGAAAGAUAAAGGGCUGCACGUGGAAGUGCGUGUGAACAAGGAAUGGUUCACAGGCCGUGUCACAGCUGUGGAAAGGGUCAGGCAUGCAAUCCGGUGGAAGGUGAAGUUUGAUUAUGUCCCUACAGACACCACACCAAGGGAUCGCUGGGUAGAGAAGGGCAGUGAGGAUGUAAGGCUUAUGAAGCCUCCCUCUCCUGAGUACCAGGCUCCAGACACACAGCAGGAAGAGGACGCAGUCAUGGCUGAACCUUCUACCUCGGAUUGCAUCAGAAUUGAGCCUGACACCACUGGUCCCAGCAGCAGCCAAGAAACAGUUGACUUACUAGUCCAGAUCCUUAGGAAUUGUUUGCGAUACUUCUUGCCUCCAAGUUUUCCAAUCUCCAAGAAUGAGCUGAGUUCCAUGAGCUCAGAAGGGUUGUUGGCAUUUCCCUUGAAAGAGUAUUUUAAGCAGUAUGAGGUGGGUCUGCAGAACCUGUGCAAUUCAUAUCAGACACGUGCCGAUGCCCGGGCCAAAGCCUCUGAGGAAAACCUGCGGAACUUAGAAAGGAAGCUGAGGGAAACAGAGGAGAAACUGCAGAAGUUGAGGACUAAUAUCAUGGCCCUUCUGCAGAAAGUGCAGGAGGACAUUGAUAUUAAUACAGAUGAUGAACUGGAUGCAUAUAUUGAGGACUUGAUCAUGAAAGGUGACUGAGCAGCUCCAGCACAAGUCGUGGAGAAGUGCAGAAGAGGUGGCUGCUGCAGAGGGAGAUGUGCAGGUGGACUGAGGCAGCUGAUGAGGAGAGAGUUUUUUAGACAGCGCUCAUGUUGGUGUACAACUUGUUCCUGUGACUGUACAUGAGAAGCAUUUGUGCUGUUGGCAGGAAAAUUUUUAACUUUGUAGUUCUCUGAAUCUCUUUCUUUUGUUUAUAAAUAUUUAUUUUUAAAAGAAAUGGGAACUGUGCCUGUUACAAUGGCUGGUUUUAGUGAUGUAGAAGUGUGAGUAUCGCUUUUGCAACUCAAGUAUAUUCAUGUGCUAAACCUGGGAGCUCGGAGCACCCUGCUUAGCUUACUGGUUCUCCAGCAAGAAGCUGGCAGCAAUUAAAAAAUAAGCCUUGAGUAGUGGCAGAGGGGGUCAGGCUUUUUUUGUGGAAGAUACUGAACUUGAGGUAGAGAAAGCCAAGCCCUGAAUUGGAGCUAUAGAAAGGAGAUGUCCUUGCGUGAAUGUGAGUAGAGGGGAUGGAACGUUGGUGGAACUCGGAAAUUGGCACUGGCACCUGCAGUUAGCUUCCUGAACAGGAGGUUGCUGCAAGUGGGUGAAACUGCCACCAUGGUAAUAGCCAAGAGGCUGAGGUCCUUGUAGAAGAGGAUCACCUCCUGGACUGCUCACAGUCAGAGGAAGAAUGCUGGCGUUUGGGUUUUCUGCUUGCAGUCACUUUAUCACUCACUUCUGCUGCUGUUUCUUUGAGACAUAAUUACAGCAUCAGAACAACUCCUCAUCCACCUGACAAUAAAGUGACCCCUGUUCUAUUUUCACC